CAGCCCCGGCGGCGGGGUGGGGGGAGUUAUAUUGCGGGGUCCUUCCUCGCUCACCCUGGUUCCUCUCGGAGCGGAGACGGCAAAUGGCGGACUUCGAUACCUACGACGAUCGGGCCUACAGCAGCUUCGGCGGCGGCAGAGGGUCCCGUGGCAGUGCUGGUGGCCAUGGUUCCCGUAGCCAGAAGGAGCUGCCCACAGAGCCCCCCUACACAGCCUAUGUAGGAAAUCUACCUUUUAAUACAGUUCAGGGCGACAUAGAUGCUAUCUUUAAGGAUCUCAGCAUAAGGAGUGUACGGCUAGUCAGAGACAAAGACACAGACAAAUUUAAAGGAUUCUGCUAUGUAGAAUUUAAUGAGGUGGAUUCCCUUAAGGAAGCCUUGACAUACGAUGGUGCACUGUUGGGUGAUCGGUCACUUCGUGUGGACAUUGCAGAAGGCAGAAAACAAGAUAAAGGUGGCUUUGGAUUCAGGAAAGGUGGACCAGAUGACAGAGGAAUGGGUGGCUCUCGAGAAUCUAGAGGUGGAUGGGAGUCCCGGGAUGACUUCAAUUCCGGCUUCAGGGAUGACUUCUUAGGAGGCAGGGGAGGGAGUCGCCCAGGUGACCGGCGAACGGGCCCCCCAAUGGGAAGUCGUUUCAGAGAUGGUCCUCCCCUUCGAGGGUUCAAUAUGGAUUUCAGAGAACCAACAGAAGAGGAAAGAGCACAGAGACCACGGCUCCAGCUUAAACCUCGAACAGUUGCAACACCCCUCAAUCAAGUAGCCAAUCCCAACUCUGCUAUCUUCGGGGGAGCCCGGCCGAGAGAGGAAGUCGUUCAGAAGGAGCAAGAAUGAGCUUGUGGUUGGGAGGGAAUGGGGGGAGUUAGAGCGAGACCACAGCCUGGCCAGCCCCCUGGACCGGCAGUCCUGCAGUUACCAUUCCUGCGCCUGACCUAUGUCCUCCUUUCUUACAAAGGAAACAGAGCUUGUGAGUGCAUGUCAGCAGUUAACAAGUGGUUUUUAGUACAUUCUUGGCUUUGCUGUAUCUAGUGCCUGUUUUGUGCUUUUUUUUUCCUGCCACUCCUUUUCCCCAUUUUCCUUCUGUCUUUUCUCCUUCUUGCUCCUUAUUUCCUUCCAGCACAAGUUUGUCUAGAGGAACAAAGGUAGCCACCAUGUGGGAGCUCUUCAGACUGAGGUGCUACUUCAUUUUUCUCCUUUGCUUUCUCUCUUUACUUCAGACACCCUGGCCAGACUUCAGUCGUUUUCUUUGAUUUUCCUCAGUGCUUCUCUUCUGACCUGCUUGUUGAGUUCUGUAUUGCUGUGGCUUCCACGAAAAAAAAAACAAAACAGAGAAGUCACAGACUGGAUAGCACCUUGUUUUUAUUCAGCUUUGAUCAACAUACAGAAUUUGAGGCACCUUGUUUUGAAAACAAGGAUAAAGUAUCUGUUGAUCCUUGCAAAUUCCUUCCCCUCCCUAUUUAUAGGUAGUCCUGUCUCUAUUUCCCCACCCCCACCCCAUAUGGAUUAUUCAAGCAGACUGGGCUCAAAUUUCAAACAGUGAAACCUAAAGGUAAUGUGAAAUGUUGGUGGGGAGUUCACAUAGAUCAAUCGAAUGCGCUACUGUGUUCACAUGUUUUAUUAUUGCUCUUUCAACACCAUGUCCAAACUGGAUCCCUCCUUUCACCAGCUCUAUCAGAGGCUCCUCUGGCUGGCUGGAUGUAGCAAACUCCUGCUGCUGGUUUCCCUUCUGCAGGGCACAGGUGCUUUGGGGGACUAAAGGGUGGUGGUGGUGGUAGAGGUGGUAGAGCAGUGCUAGGCUAACUUUAUAGUGUGGACAUUGCUUUUUCCAAAUCCCUAUUGUCUGUAUUCUGCAUCUCUCCCUUGUGUUUAUCUGUUCCCUUGUAUGAGUAACAAUGAGAUACUGUGCUUCUCAUCAUCCCUUAAUUUUAUGAUGAAAAUGGGCCUAGAAUCUGGCACUUUACUGUUUAUUUGAUGAAUUGAGAAUUUUACUAUGCAGAGCUGUCAAGAACCUUAAAAUAACUGGUAGGUGGCUGUAAGUUCCUAGGUCUCAUCUUUGGGACAAAGUUUAUUCCCAUGUACGGUGUUCAGCUUUUACCCAGGGAUUGGGGGCUAGACAGUAGCUUUUGAGCUUGAACACCUAUUUGUGAACAAAUUAAAUUCUUUAACACCCGAGUUUCAGUCCAUUCCUUUGCGAGCAAUUCGGGGUCAGCCAGCAGCUAGAGACCCUCACCAGCAUGACUGGAGGGCUGAGGGGUAGCCUGGCCUACGCAGCGCAUUGUGCUUAGAUAGUAGUUUGUCGCGAGCUGGCAUCCCUUGCUUCUCUUACUCUGUUACAAGGUCUCAGCAAUUUACAGAACUCUCCCUUCUUUCCUUCCACCUGUCAUCUUUGCUUCUGAAAUAAGAACCAUUUGUGUAACACCAAUACUUAAGAAAGACAUGCAUUAUGUGGUUGUAAUCAAACCUGAUGCUUUCAGAUGACCUACUUACAUCUUCAAUGUGGAAAAGAUUAAGAACAAAACAAAUUCAUCUAAACUUCUGGGCAAUCCAGUUGACUUUUAAAUGUAAGAAUGGAAUUCCAAACACUUACACAUUCAGCUAUAUGACAGAAAGUAAAUCUAUGGAUAUGGUAUUUUGUGAAUGAUCUUUUAAAUAAAAGAAAACCUUACGUAAUAUUUAA